GCCAGUCGGGCACGAGGAGAGACCGUCUUGCUGCGUGAUUGCGCGAGUUCCCAGGGAAGUGUAAUCUCAGGGCAGGGCGUCUUCUACCCGCUGGUGAACCGAAAGCCGGGAGAGGCGGUACACCAAUUUCCUCCCGCGGAGGUAGGCGCUCAACCUCCGCCGCUGCCCUCAACAAAGAUGGCCGAGGGGCGUGCCGCCGGAAGUGGGCGGGGUAUCUGUGGUGGGCGUGUUGGGGCGUGGCCUGAGCCUGCGGGGGCGUGGCCAGAAACGCCCUGAUCUGGGUUUGGGGGCCGUGCCGGCGGCCGCGCCCCUGUCCAUUUCCCGAGGGACCUGGGCCUCGCCGGGGUCUGGGCCCCGCUGGGACCGCGGACCGCGGCGAUGGACGGGAGCGGGGAGAGCGCUCCAGAGUCUGCAGCCGCGGCUCCCGCGCCCGAGGACCCCGCCGGCUCGGCGCGGGGCAGCCCCCCGCACGGGUCGCCGCCCCGGGACGUGGGCGACUGCCCCCGGCCCCCGGACGCCGCCGCCGCCCCCAAGAGACUCUGCGGCUACCUGAGCAAGUUGGGCGGCAAAGGGCCCAUCCGCGGCUGGAAGUCCCGCUGGUUCUCCUACGACGAGAGGAAGGGUCACCUGUCCUACUCGCGCACGGCGCAGGACGCCAACCCGCUGGACAGCAUCGACCUCGCGGGCGCCGUCUUCAACUGCAGAGCGGACGCCGAGGAGGGCACGUUCGAGAUCAAGACCCCCAGCCGGGUCAUCACGCUCAAGGCUGCCACGAAGCAAGUGAUGGUGUAUUGGCUGCAGCAGCUGCAGAUGAAGCGCUGGGAGCUCCACCACUGCCCGCCGCUGCCUGCUCCUCCCGCCCGCGCCGCUGCCCUGCGCCUCCAGCUAGAGCAAGAGGAGGCCGAGCUGGAGGAGUUCCUGUGCCCUGUGAAGACGCCCCCCGGGAUGGUGGGCCUGGCCGCCGCCUCCCAGCCCGCGCCCGCCCUGCAGAACAUUUCUCUCAAGCACCUGGGAACGGAGAUCCAAAACACAGUGUUCAACUUCCGGGGCAACAGGCAGGCCCAAGGAGCAGGCCCCGGACUUCCCGGCGGGGAGGCUGCCCCCCACGGAGAGCCCCAGAGGGAGCUGCAGUCUCUGGCCCCUGACCCUGGUGCCCCAGGGAAGGAACCGGCGGAUCCUGCAAAGCCUCCCUCCAAGUGCUCACUGACCAGCAGCCUCCGGCUGAAAGCCAAGCGCCAGAACAACACCUUCCCCUUCUUGCCGGAAGGGCUCCCGCGGGGCCGGGCGGCCCAGGAGAAGGUUCUGGCCCUGGAGCAGCAGGUGGGGACGCUCACCCAGGAGCUGGAGUCCCAGAAGGAGCUGGUGAGGAUCCUGCACAAGGCGCUGGAGGCGGCCCAGCAGGAGAAGCGGGCGGCCAGCGCCUACCUGGCUGCCCCCGAGGACCAGGACCGGCUGGAGCUGGUGCGGCACAAAGUGCGGCAGAUCGCGGAGCUGGGCCGGCGGGUGGACGCGCUGGAGCAGGAGCGGGCGGGCCUGGUGCAGGCGGCCGGCCUGCGGGAGCGGGAGCUGCAGGAGCUGCGGGGGCACGUGCAGCUGCUGCUGGACAAGAACCAGGCCAAGCAGCAGGUCAUCUGCAAGCUCUCCGAGAAGGUCACCCGAGACUUCAUGCAGCCCCCCGACCAGCCCCCCGAGCCCCCGGAGGCCCUGAGCCAGCAGGAGCUCAUAGAGCACCUGAAGGACGACAUGGAGGCCUACCGAACCCAGAACCGCUUUCUCAACUCGGAGAUACACCAGGUCACAAAGAUCUGGAGGAAGGUGGCGGAGAAGGAGCAGGCCCUCCUGAUGAAGUGUGCCUACCUCCAAGCCCGGAACUGCCAGGUGGAGAGCAAGUACCUGGCGGGGCUGCGCCGGCUGCAGGCGGCCCUGGGGGAUGAGCCCCCCGAGUGCUCGGAGCUGCUGCGGCAGCUCAUCCAGGAGGCCCUGCAGGGGGAGGCGGCGGCGGACGGCGUGGAGCUGAGCCCCAUCAGCGAGUACGACGAGUACGGCUUCCCCACGGCGCCCAACUACGAGGUGGAGGACCUGAAGCUGCUGGCCAAGAUCCAGGCCCUGGAGGUGCGCUCGCACCACCUGCUGGCCCGCCAGGCCGCCGAGCGGGCGCUGGCAGAGCGCUGGGCCGCCCUGGGCGAGCUGGCCGCCUCGGCCGAGCUGAAGCAGCUGCUGCGGGAAGGCGCGCCCCGGGCGCAGCGGCCGCGAGUCUGGCGGUGGCUGGUCCAGCGCCGCGUCCGGCACCUGCAGGGCCCCGGCCGCUACCAGGAGCUGCUGGGCCGCGGCCAGGCCUGCGAGCACCCCGCCGCCCGCCAGAUCGAGCUGGACCUGAACCGGACCUUCCCCAGCAACAAGCACUUCACCUGCCCCACCUCCGGCUUCCCCGACAAGCUCCGCCGGGUGCUGCUGGCCUUCUCCUGGCAGAACCCCACCAUCGGCUACUGCCAGGGCCUCAACAGGCUGGCGGCCAUCGCCCUGCUGGUCCUGGAAGAGGAGGAGAGUGCCUUCUGGUGCCUGGUGGCCAUCGUGGAGUCCAUCCUGCCCGCUGACUACUACAGCAAGACCCUGACAGCGUCGCAGGUGGACCAGCGGGUCCUGCAGGACCUGCUGGCGGAGAAACUGCCCCGGCUGACGGCCCACCUGGCCCAGCACCGCGUGGACCUGUCCGUCAUCACCUUCAACUGGUUCCUGGUGGUCUUUGCCGACAGCCUCAUCAGCGACAUCCUCCUGCGGGUCUGGGACGCUUUCCUGUACGAGGGCACCAAGGUGGUGUUCCGCUAUGCCCUGGCCAUCUUCAAGUACAAUGAGCAGGAGAUCCUGCGGCUGCAGGACAGCCUGGAGAUCUACCAGUACCUGCGCCUCUUCACCAAGACCAUCUGUGACAGCCGCUCCGGCAGCUGCGGGCGGCCCACCGGGAGCGGCUGGAGGCCGAGCUGCGGGAGCUGGAGCGUCUCAAGGCCGAAUACCUGGAGUCUCGCACGUGCCAGGGCCCCGCGCUGCCCGAGGCUUGUGCCAGCGAGGACGAGGGGGAUGGAGACGCCUGACCCCGGCGGGGUGGGGCGGGGGUCCCCGCACCUGACUCCAUCCCCAGCACACCUCCUGGGUGGCUACCUCACACCACAGAGGGCUUCAGCCCCCAGACUGCCUGCAGGGGCCUGUGCAGCCCCCCCACCCCCACUCUCACCCCAGUGAAACGAGGUAAAUGCUGGAGCCAGUGGUGCACAGACUGUGGGUCGGGACCGUCUCAGCAGCCAGAGGCGCCCCCUGGGACAUCUCCACCCCUCUCGCCGCUGCCCGCACCCGUUCCCAUGGAGGAGGGGGAUGUGCAUUCAGAGCUCCUGCCUCCCGUGCCAGAGGGGUCGGGAUAUCUGUCCAGCCCAGCUCCCGCCUGUCUGCUGGGUCCCUUUGUGGGGGGUUCCCAGGGGAAAAACCCUUCCACCACCAAGAGGAACUGCUGUGGGAAAGAGCAAGGCCUGGGUCAGGCACCCCACCCCCUCCCCCUCCCUCUUCUCUCCCUCCCUCCGUCCCUCUCUCCCCCUCCCUCUCUCCCCCUCUCUCCCUCUCUCCGUCUCUCUCUCUCUCUCCCUCUCUCCCUCUCUCUCCCUCUCUCUCUCUCUCUUUCUCCCCUCUCUCUCAUGUCCCAGUCACCUCCUUCAUGACAGAUGGAUGCUUGGGGACUAGGAGGGCAGCCACGAGCCCCCCCGCAGCCUGCAUCACCCUCAGCCUCCUCCGUGAGUGGCCUGCGGGACCCAGUUCCCGGCCCUGUCCGUGCCUGGCCAUCCUGGGCGGGGAGCCCUGCCCUCUGCGUGUCCAGGGAGAGGGAGGAGGCCACGCCCAUUGCCCGCUGUGCCAGGGUCCCCGCCAUGCCCCUCCACGGCCCCGUGUCUCCUUGGGUUCGAGAGAUGCUAGUUCAGGGGUUAAGGCACUUGUCAGCGCCCCCCCCCAUAUGGUCCCCCUGAGCAUUUCCGGGUGUGGCCCCCAAACCAGAGGACAAAGCACUCAGCUGAGAGGGGGCUGCCCGCUGUCCCACACCCACCCACCUGCCCUUUCCCUCCCCCGACCCUCCUCCGCUCCCUCCCCACCCCCUUCUCCCCUUCACUGUCCCUCCACGCCAACCGUCUCAGGCCAAAGCCCCCCUCCUUGCUGUGGGGACAGGGGGAGCCUUGCAGUUGGCCCAGCCCUGUGGAGCUUCUGCUCCCCUCCUGGCCACACCACAGGCUGCCCCCCCCCCAUGCACCCUCAGGCCCAGAACAAAUAGAUUGUUUGUUUGUUGGGCCACACCCAGUGGUGCUCUGGGCUUUUUCCUGACUCUGCACUCCUGGCAGGGAUCACUCCUGGCAGGCUUGAACCCAGGUCGGCCGGCCGUACGUAGGGCAGGUAGGCGCCCUACCCGGCGCUUUAGGGCUCUCGGGCUCCUAUGAUGGAAUGUUUAAUCAUUUUCCAUAUCGCAGGUCACUCCCCAGAGGAGGGUGUGCCAGCGGGUGGGAACGGGAACUGCAGGGGUGGGGGGGGGGGCCUGCUCGCCCAGAGGAGACCCAGAGAGGCCACACGGCUGGCCCCAGAGAGCAGGUGGGCUGGGUCCGAACUCUCAUCGACUCUCCUCUCCUCUGGAGCUGACCCCCCACCCCACCCCUGCUACUGGGGAAAGCUGGGCCCAGGCGUGGGAGCAGGACGCCCCAGCCGGCUGGGGGCCACUGUUGCUACCCAGAAACCUGCCGCCCUCGCCCUGCAGAGCCUUCGGGGACCACCCUGGUGUCAGGUUCCUGGCCCGCAGCACAGCUGUCACCCCCAUCCCCACUGGAGGAUCUGAUCCCUCGCACCCCCCACCUCCUGCCCCAGGGGAUGUCUCCUCCUGCCCAGGGUCCCAGCAGCCAGCCUUCCCGCCAGGAGGGGAGGAGUCCGGCCCUAACGCCACAGAGGGCGUGCCGGCCACUACCCCCGUCCCCCCCCACACACACACAGGGCUUCCUCAGCUCACUCCCCUUGGACAUGCAAAUGGACACGGCCACUGUCCCCCACACCCAGUCCAGCCCCGCGCCAGGCACUGGGGGUUGGUGAGGCACAGCGGGCCCUGGUGAGGCAAACCCCACACCCAGGGAAGGAAGCCGGGCCCCGGGGCUGUAGCUGCAUGGCCCGUCCACCCAUCAGCAACCAGGCCCAGGGUGCUGGCCAAGGGGUCCGGGGCCACAGAGCUGAGCCUUUGGCAUGGUUUGCUAAGGCGCCCCUGGCCUGGUCACCGAUGCCCUGGCUGUUUGCCCCAUGUAUUAAAGGGAGUGAAGGGCGAGCGCGCGCUCGCAAACACACACACACACACACACACACACACACCCCCCUCAUGCCCAGGUAUAUUAAAGGGAGUGAAAGCCCAGGUGUAUUAAAGGGAGUGAAGGAACACACACACACACACACACACACACACACACACCUCACGCCCAGGUGUAUUAAAGGGAGUGAAGGAAUACACACCUCAUGCCCAGGUAGGUGUAUUAAAGGGAGUGAAGGCACACACACACACACACACACCUCAUGCCCAGGUGUAUUACAGGGAGUGAAGGCACACACACACCUCAUGCCCAGGUGUAUUACAGGGAGUGAAGGUACGCACACGCGCACACACACACACACACACACACCUCAUGCCCAGGAGGGAUUCUCCCGGUCUCCCAGAUGUGCCCACCUCCUACAGAAGGGGGGGGGCGUGAGUGGGGUGCUACUGGCCCUGAGGGAGGGGAUGAGGCUCAGAUGCUGCAGGAGCAGGAAGAGAUAUCCCUCCCCCCACACCACCGCCUUAUUUCUGCUUGGGGGCCUCACCCAGCUGUGGCUCUGCACUCAGGGAUUGCUCCUGGAGGGCUCAGGGGGCCAUAUGGGGGGUGGGGGGAUUCAAACCCGGGUCAGCUGCAGAAGGCAAACGCCUUGCCUUCUCUCCUCUACUACUACGGCUCGGCCCCCGGGAGAGCUCCAGGCCAGUGAAGAACUUCUGGCAGCCUGACCUUGAUGACAAAUAAAGGCCACUUUGAAGCCUAAGGGUCCCGGGACCCCCU